GUUCGACAUUUUCCAUUCAAACGAUAGCAACACCCUAGCUAUAGGUCCUCACUCGCAGGGUAUUUGAAGACGAACGCCGGUCACAGUAGCGUGAGACAGAGUCGGCAGUGUCUCGGCAGGAGCAGGGCACAGGUAGAGUGUGCCGAGAGCCACGUCACAUACAAACUCCAUCCAUCCCUGGUCCCUGCGUAGACGCCGAUUCUGUCUCUCCGGCCUCCCGUUUCGCCAUGUCGAAGGACGCCGCCGCCGCCGCCGACACCCCCGCCGCCGAGGCGCCGGCGAAACGUGCGCCGCUCAACAAGUACGCCCUCGCCUGCGCCGUCCUCGCCUCCAUGAACUCCAUCCUUCUCGGCUACGAUGUGUCGGUGAUGAGCGGCGCGCAGAUCUUCAUAAAGAAGGACCUGAAGGUGACGGACACGGACAUCGAGAUCCUGGCGGGCAUCAUCAACAUCUUCUCCCUGGUCGGCUCUCUCGCCGCCGGCCGGACGUCCGACUGGAUCGGGCGGCGGUACACCAUGGUGCUCGCGGCGGUCAUCUUCUUCGCGGGCGCGCUCAUCAUGGGCCUGGCCCCGAGCUACGCGGUCCUCAUGGUGGGCCGCUUCGUGGCCGGCGUCGGCGUGGGCUACGCGCUCAUGAUCGCGCCCGUGUACACGGCCGAGGUCGCGCCCACGUCGGCCCGGGGCCUGCUCACGUCCUUCCCGGAGGUGUUCAUCAACACCGGGGUGCUCCUGGGCUACAUCUCCAACUACGCCUUCCACGGCCUCCCGCUCCGGGUCGGCUGGCGCGCCAUGUUCCUCGCGGGCGCCGUGCCUCCCGUCUUCCUCGCCGUGGCCGUGCUCGCCAUGCCGGAGUCCCCGCGGUGGCUCGUCAUGCAGGGCCGCAUCGCGGACGCGCGCAAAGUGCUCGACAAGACGUCCGACACCCCCGAGGAGGCCGUGGCGCGGCUCGAGGACAUCAAGAACGCCGUCGGCAUCCCCGAGGGGGUAUCCGACGACGACGAGGUCGCGGCCAUCGCCCGCAAGAGCAAGCGCACCCACGGGGAAGGCGUCCUGAAGGAGCUCCUGCUCCACCCGACGCCGCCCGUGCGCCGGAUCCUCAUCGCCUGCCUGGGCCUGCAGUUCUUCCAGCAGGCCUCGGGGAUCGACUCCGUGGUGCUCUACAGCCCGCGGGUGUUCGAGAGUGCCGGCAUCAAGACGGACGCCAACACGCUGGGCGCCACCAUCUCGGUGGGCGCGAGCAAGACGCUCUUCAUCCUGGUGGCGACGUUCCUCCUGGACCGCGUGGGACGCCGGCCGCUGCUCCUGACCAGCGCGGGCGGCAUGGUGGCCUCGCUGCUCACGCUCGCCUCGGCGCUCCACGUGAUCGGCCGCGCCGACGGCGGCGCGACGCCGGCGCUGUCCGGGGUGAGCAUCGCGUCCGUGCUGACGUUCGUGGCGUCGUUCUCCAUCGGGAUGGGCCCCAUCGCGUGGGUGUACAGCUCCGAGAUCUUCCCGCUGCGGCUGCGUGCGCAGGGGUGCGCGCUCGGGACGGCCAUGAACCGGAUCAUGAGCGGGGCCAUUACCAUGUCGUUUUACUCGCUAUCCAAGAAGAUCACGCUCGCCGGCAGCUUCUUCCUAUAUGCUGGUGUGGCGACCGCCGGAUGGGUGUUCAUGUUCUUCUUCCUGCCGGAGACGAGGGGGAGGAGCCUCGAGGAUACCGAGAGGCUCUUCGGUGGUGGUGGUGGUGAUGUUGACGGCGUCAAGGAAGAUGGCCAUGGGCAGCAGAACAAGUCCACGGAGUUGACUACUCAGUAGCUAGGUACGUAAUGUGGACGUGUUUAAUUGGUCCCGAAGCUUCGGUAUCUAGAUGUAUAUUUGUACUGGUGGGUAUGGAUUCUGCCCCGGAGAUUUCUAAACAUGGAUGCGAAUGAUACGUACAUGACCAAUGUCCGUGAUAAUCUCGAGACUAUAUACAAAUCGAAGGAGUUUGCGAUGUAGAGCACA